AUGGCGAUGGUGGCAAGCGCUUGGCGGGAUCCCCCACAUAUACCCCCUGAUGACGUAACAAGGUCUCAGGUACCUUCGCAAGUUCCCCCUCCCCAUGACCCCGGCCCCUCACAGCACCAUUCCUCCAUGGCGCCACAGCCACCACAAUCAGUCGGCCCGCCGCCACAUUUACCUCACCACGUGCCACCACCUUUACCAACGACGCCAGGACAUAAUGUGCCUCCCACUUUGGGGGAAGUCCCCUGUAACGGCCCCCCACAAACCCCAACUACACCAGGAGGAGGGUCAGUCGUCAGUGAUGGGAGUCUAGGCACCAGCAUGGGUGAAGGAUCAAUGAGCCGAUCGAAUCAAAAUGGAAAUACGGGAAGUACAAAUGGAGACAAAUCACACAUCGAAUGCGUGGUCUGUGGUGACAAGUCCAGCGGGAAGCAUUAUGGCCAAUAUACGUGCGAAGGAUGCAAAAGUUUCUUCAAACGAAGCGUACGGCGGAACCUUUCUUACACAUGCAGAGGGAAUCGGAACUGCCCUAUGGAUCAGCACCACAGAAACCAAUGCCAGUAUUGCCGGCUACGAAAAUGCAUUAAAGUCGGAAUGAGACGUGAGGCCGUUCAGCGAGGACGUAUGCCUCCGACACAGCCCCACCCGGGACAAUAUGCCAUAACAAACGGAGAACCAACUUUAGGACACGGAUAUCUCUCUGGGUACAUAUCCCUCUUACUACGAGCCGAACCGUACCCCACAUCUCGUUUUGGGUUACAGUGCCAUACCCCUAACCAAAUAAUGGGGAUAGACAAUAUAUGUGAACUAGCCGCUCGGCUCCUAUUUUCCGCAGUCGAGUGGGCUAGAAAUAUCCCAUUUUUCCCGGACCUACAGGUCACAGACCAAGUGGCGAUGCUAAAAUGGGUUUGGAGCGAACUUUUUGUCCUAAACGCGGCCCAGUGCCACAUGCCACUCCAUGUAGCUCCUCUUCUUGCAGCCGCUGGGCUUCAUACUUCAAUGAGCGCGGAUCGAGUUAUGGCAUUCAUGGACAACAUCCGGGUUUUUCAAGACCAGGUCGAAAAGCUAAAAGCUCUCCAUGUCGAUUCUGCUGAAUAUUCCUGCCUUAAAGCGAUUGUUCUAUUCACAGCAGACGCACACGGCUUGAACGACGCAGCACAUAUUGAAAGUGUCCAAGAAAAGUCUCAAUGCGCUCUGGAAGAGUACGUACGAACGCAGUACCCCAACCAGCCAACGAGAUUCGGAAAACUACUUUUAAGACUCCCUUCCUUACGUACAGUAAGCGCUGGCAUGAUUGAACAACUCUUUUUUGUGAGAUUAGUCGGGAAAACGCCGAUAGAGACUUUAAUUCGUGAUAUGUUGUUAUCCGGGGGAUCGUACGGAUGGCAAUACCCCCCAAUGCCCAUCCAAUGACAUGAUUUCUUGAAUCUGGACGCUUAUAGCUAAAAAGGACUAAAAAGAACAUAAAAUGGAAAAGACGUGGCAAAAAUAAAUAUAGGCAAUAAUGCUUGAGUAUCAAAAGCAAAAUUUCUAAUCAACACUAGUCCGCGCCAGAUUGCCUGAAAGAAAUACCAAAUUAAAGGCAAUAUAUAUUUUGCCUAUAUACUUGGAAUCAAAGGCGAAGUUUGACAUGUCAAAUCACGGGCGUGUUUGCAAUGGGCGGGCUUUCUUUUACCAAACGUGCAAGGCGGGUGUAAACAGUGCGAAGUCUGAAAUAUUUUGACGUCGGCUGUUGACGAUUUACUCCAAAAAUUAUUUGUUUAGUCAGUCUCCAGUAUUACAUGUAAAAGCGGCUUUGUGAGAGUCGAAAGAUUCAGAACAUAAGGCAUGUUUCAAGCGUUUUUUACUAAACAUUAGUAUAUAAAAUAGGCAAAUUAAGGUUGGUUGCAAAUGAAUUUCUAAAUUCACGGCUUGCACUGGGGAGGAAUAGAAAUACAUAAACAGAAAAACCCGGCUGCCAUCUAAGAACCACUAGUGAUCUCCUGCUUCAAACGCUUCAUACUAAACAUUAGUAUUUUGUAGGGAAAUUAUUAUUUGUUGCAAAUCAUUUUUUUGAAUUCGAAGCUUGCACGAGGGAUGAAAUAAAAAUACAUAUACCCCGAAACUCGACUACCCUCCAAGAACCACCGGAAAUCUCCCGCGAAGUUUUGGGAGUUUGCCAAUCCAUGUUACCAGCCAAGGCUAGUUUUCGGGGAAGACUUUAUCUUGCAACAUUUGAUUACUAUGGUCUUAAGAUGUUCCUAGUAUAUUAUUGUGUGAUAUUUUUGAAAUUUCUCAUUAGCGGCAAUUAUUAUUACUUUUAUAUUAAUUAUUUUAUGACGUCAUACAUUGUUAUAUGACGUCACUUUCAAUGAUUUAUACGUCACCCAGUGUUUACAACUUUACGGCCGUAUCAGUAUAUAAAAUUCAGUAUACAAGUCCAAAUUUCGGAAGCAUUAGAUGAUUGACUAUUUCUAUACACAAAAUCAGUGGGUGAUGAAGUCGUGUAAUAUUUACAAUCCAUUUCUGACUGUAAGAGUGUUGAUUCCGGCCCCCGACCUCGGGUAAAUGGAAACUCUGACCCCAGCCACUCCGGAUUCCCGAAAAUCGGAGGUUAUAGAUAAAAACUAACUCUUAGUAAGCUUAAUUUACUUUGAGUUUCUGUAUAAAAGUUUGACUGGAUUAUCACCGUGGACAGUAUAAAAAUUCGGAUUCCGGCGAAUUUGAAAAUACGAUCCCGCCCCCAGUACAAAUAAAACUUCUCAGUCCGGAAGCAGACUUAUAUCCGAAGUAAAAAGCCACGUUCGCCAUUAUUUAAGUCGAAUUUUCUUCCUCUAUGAUGGGAAAUUCGACGUUUUAAAAUUUUUAUACGAACGCUACAUAGAAUCCUUUCUGUUAUCAGUGUGUGUACAUUUUGUUGCUAGUAACACUUUAUACAGUUCUUCAAUGGACGGAUGCGCGGGAAAAUAAUAUUCGUGCACAAUAAAAACCAUUGUGACGAAACAAUAGUAGUCAACAUGACGUGUUAAUGCAAUUUGAAUAACCAAAUAUUUCGUAACAAAAAAUUGUCUUCACGGCCUUAUCUUCAAAACUACGCUACCUCAACUCAGCGUGCCAAUAUCGCCACCACGUGAGCAAAUGCGUCACAAAUAAUUUGCACAAAUUACAGUAUAACGUCAUAAUGAGAUCAGUGUUCUUCAUUAUUACGUAUUUAUGGUGUUGUCUAAUGAGUAUUUUAUAUUGUUAUUUGCUACAAUAUAUUGUAAUAUUGAGUUUUGCUCGUUAUUACUUGAUUUUUGCGUGUGGAAUAAGAGUAUUGACUUUUUCUCAAUAGAGAGAGGUUGCAAAACCAAUUAUGGGAUUUCCAGCAAUUUUGUUUAAAUAUGAAAUAUAUUUUGAGUUGCAGAUAGUCACCACUGCCUAAAUACCACGAGCAAAAUUCCUGCAUUAUUUUUCCCGCAUAUUUUUUUUGUAUUUUAAAUCAUUUUUCCCGCCUUUUCCAUUGCAUUUUUAAUCAUUGUUAAACCAACAUUAUAGUUUGUGUGAGGUAAUAAUCUAAAGAAGGCAGUGUAAUUAUUCAUUUUAUGACGUAACAAAGAUAUUUUAUUGUAUGUAAACGAAAGGUGUUCGUUGUCCACGGUAUAUGUGACGCAACAGACUUAAUACUGUGACGUCCACACUUACGAGACACUAAAGUCGACAGAAGCAUUUUUACUGUGAUGUAAUAAAUUACGUCAUCAAUAGCACUAUUUUUUUUGUUAAAUGAGGGGGUUGAACAACUAUUAUGUUCCAAUUUUCUUUUUAUUUUCACGUGAUAGAAAUAACUAUGUAUGUUUUUUUUUAUAUUCUGCCAGUCACGCUUGAUUGACAUUUGCUUGAAAAACAGUAUACAAUAUAAUGCUCACCGAAGUAUCGGAUUUCUUGGGCAGAAUUUACAACAAUUUAGACAUCUAGAAAGUAUUCCAUCGAAUGUUCAGACAUAUUUUUCGUCUGUUCAACUCUGAAAGGCAUACAUAUACACUCUGAUCAUUUACCAGGCGGUAUUGAAACUUACAAUUUUCUAUCCAACUUGAAAGCACCCCAUCUAUUCAAACAUUCAUCCAUCAAAGAAGAUUUUGAAAAACUUGGCGUCUGACUGAACUCAGAAAAAAAAAAUAUUCACUGAACAGCUACAACAUAUGUUUUUAACAUUGCUCUUUAUCCAUCAAUCCAGUGUUUUUAAAAACAACUUUUCAACAUCAAUUUCAAAUUUAGUGCCCAAAAAUUCGAGACACAUAUUGUUAUAUGUAUAUGGUUAAUUAGAGAAGCCCACGGCUAAUUACUGCUCUUUUGUGAAAUUGCAAUUCAAGAUAUUUAAAUUUAAUUUAAUUAAUAACCGGUUCCUAGUUCGUACGAUUAAGCUGCCUAAUCGGCGCUCAUGAAGUGUGUGUACCAAUAUGGAGGUAACUAAUUUUGUUUGCAUACUUUACAUCAAGUUGUGUAAAGGGACUGAAACCUAUGGGCAUUUGGUAUAUUCACUUUGAUAACACAGAUAUUCUCCGAACUCGUAUUAGAACUAAAAGAAGGAAAAUCAGAAUGAAAUUAUGGUCUAACUCAACUUGGUACACACACUACGGGAGUACCGUCUAAUCGGCUUUCUUCUUUCAUUCAUUAGAUUGAAAUUUCCCCAUCAUUUUUACUUGCCCCCAGUGAUGAAAACUGAAUUUUUUCUUGUCCUUGCUCUAUACGUCAAGGAAUCUUAUUUUACCUUAUUAAUCUGAGUUUCAAGAAUUUAUUUCUUAUUUUUAGCUAAAUCGUCUUGUUGUUGUUUUAUUGUUAUUAAUAUUAUUAUCCUUAGUGUGUCCAAGGCACCAAACAUAUGCGUUAAAAUAAAAUUUUGUCAUUUAG